UUCAGCAUCAUGGUGAACAGACGUCUACCCUUAAUCUGUGCCUCUCUAUCUCUACUCCUGCUUCUUGUUUACAGUGAGGAGUCAGUGGUAGUCAGAUCCACCGAGAUCUCAGACAACAGUAGUCAAGAGGAAAAGGAAUUGAUAGAUGCUUUACAAGAAGUCCUGGAGAAACUGAAGAGCAAACGGAUCCUUCCUCUGGACAAAAAACUGGGCUGGGUACCAUCGUGUGAUGCUGGCGAGCAAUGUGCAGUGCGUAAAGGGGCAAGGAUUGGAAAACUCUGCAAUUGUCCAAGAGGGACCGCUUGCAAUUUCUACAUCCUGAAAUGUUUGUGAAAGAAUGAAAACAAGAGACAGAGAAGAAGAGCAAGAAUGUAGUAGUUGAGGGAUCAUUCCCUGAUUUCUCUCACAUUUUCCAUCAUUCAAUCUCCCCUAAAAUCCUUCUUUAUUCUGUUAAAAAUAAAGGAAUCUUCUAAACCCAUUGGGCCAAUUUACAUCUAAUUCACAAAGGGUAAACAGAACAGACUUGAAAUAAAAUUGUUUCUUUGCUCACCAUUGAGUUCCUAUAUACUGUUUAAUUGCACACACCUAUGUCUGUAUCUGUACUGUGCAUUGGU